AUGGCUAUCUACUCUAGAGAUGAAGCUUUAAUGUGUAAGGUCUUUCCAUCAAGUUUGGGCCCGGUGGCGAUGAGGUGGUUUAACGGUUUAAGGGCUAAUUCUAUCGAUUCCUUUAAGAAACUUACCCGGGCUUUUGGUGCACGCUUUAUUACCUGCAGUAGGGUUCCACGGCCUUUGGGGUCUUUGUUGUCUAUGUUUAUGCGAGAGGGUGAGACUCUUAAAACUUAUUCGGAUAAAUACUUGGAAAUGUUUAACGAGAUAGAAGGAGAGCAUGAUGAUGUGGCCAUAAGUACUUUCAAGGCCGGUCUUCCAGCCGAGCAUGAUUUGAGGAAAUCUUUAACUGGUAAACCUGUCACUAGUGUACAUCAAUUGAUGGAUCGGAUUGACAAGUACAGAAGAGUAGAAGAAGACCAACUGCAGGGAAAAAGGAAGGCUAAAGUAAUCCCUCAAGAGAUGAGGGAUUUCAGGUCGGACCGGUACAACAACAACCGGCCCCGGAAAGACUGUGUUGGGCAGUCAGUUUCUGCCAACACUCGGGCGGUUAAUGCUGUGUUUUGGGAGCCGAUGCAACAGAUACUGGAGAAGAUCAAGAAUGAACCAUUUUUUAAAUGGCUAAAUAAGAUGGUAGGAGAACCUACGAGAUGUAACCAGAAUCUCUACUGCCAUUACCAUCAAAAUCACGGACACACAACGGAGGACUGUAGGAAUUUGUGGGACCAUCUGGAACAAUUAGUCCGAGAAGGGAAGUUGAAGCAACUGUUGCACCACUCCAGUGGCCGAGUAGGCCAAGUAGGUUCGGAGAUGCGGGGCGAUGCUUCUUCGAGGCUCCCCCUUGGAACAAUCAAUGUUAUUUUUGCUGCUCUGGGGAGGACUGGAUCUUGCCUUUUCAGGGUACUAUCAAUAUCUCGGUCUCCAGCCGAGGAGUGUAGCUCAACGUCUAAAAGAGCCAGGAUGGACAUCCCAUUGGUUUUGGGCUUUUCAGAUGAAGACAAAGUAGGAACCAUACAGCCACAUGAUGAUGCUUUGAUGGUUACACUAAGGAUAGGCGGGUACGAUGUGAGAAGGGUAAUGGUUGACUAG